AUGACUGAAAAUAGUAGUAUUGAAGUAGCAGGGAUGUCUGCUAGCACUCAACCAUCUUCUUUACCGUCAGGUGUUCGUAAAAAUCGGUCGGCUGGUUGGGAUUAUUUUGAUGUAGAGAAUGCUAUUAAGAAGAAGGUCAAAUGCAAAUAUUAUGGUAGUUUAAUACAAUAUGGAAACGGAACCAGCUCAAUGGGAGGCCAUUUGAGAAGAUGCAAGCAAAAUCCUAAUAAUGAUUCAAACAAAAGAAGAAAAAUAACGACCACACCGACUAUAGAUGAGCAUGGUGUUUUAAAUUCACUCAGUGCUUCCAAAUUUGACCAAGAGGAGGCUCGAAGGGCACUUGUGGAAAUGUUUAUUGGGGAAGAGCUACCAUUUCGUUUUGUUGAGAUCCCGAAAUUCCGAAGAUUUAUGCAUAUCUUACAAGCAAGAUUCAAAGUUCCUUCACGGAUUACAUUAGCACAUGACAAUGGAGCUCUUUAUGCUGAAGAGAAGAUGAAGUUGCAAAAUUUUCUGUCGGCAAAUUAUGGUAGAAAGCAUCGCAAAGAAUUUGAGUUGCUUGCUUUGAAAGACAAUACCUAUAUAGGAGAGAUGAGUGGAGGAAAAGGGAGAGGUGUGCCUUCUGAUUCAGAUUGGGAGUAUGCUGAGUCCAUUGUACCAUUUUUGCGAGUGUUCAGUGAUGCCAUUGAAGUAUUUACAAUUGGACGAUUUAUUCGUCAUUCUUGUGAUUCUGUUGAUUUCAGUACUAUGUCAAUGGCGGAAAGGAUGAGGGUUAAGUAUGAGAAGUAUUGGGGCAAUCCUGAUUCGGUGAAUAAGCUGUUAUUGAUUGCUAUCCAAUACCAAAGUUCUGAGGAAGCAAGUGAAGCUGAUACGCAAGAUAUUCAAGUCGACAACAUUAAUACCGAUGUUCAUGGCAUGGGUCUAAGGAGGGAGGUGGCUAUUAUGUUGGAAACAGUACCACAAAUUGGCAUUUACUUUCACAGAUUUCACAAUCUUGACCUAUUUAAGCAAGGAUGGUAUAGGAUUAAAAUUACCAUGAGAUGGGAUGAUGAUAAUGAAAAUCAAUCUUUCGGAAUUCCCUCUAGAGUUGUUCAGUACGAAGCUCCUGAUGAGAUGGAUCCAAGCUAUAUAAAGGGCAUAUGGAGGAUUGAAGAAAAAGACAACAGUUUCUCAACACAGCCCUUUCGGAUUAGAUAUGCAAAGCAAGACAUUUAUCUAUGUAUCAUGAUCUUAUUCAACUUAUUUCAUACUGAAUUUGAGGGAUUCAUUAGUACUGCUGUUAUUUUAAAGUUUGAGCUUAUGUAUGUUCCCAAAUAUUAUGAUAACGGUGGUGAAUUGGAAGCUUCUCUGGAUUCUUCUCCAACUAUCCAUGAAUUUCGGAUUCCUCCUAAAGCUCUAUUAGGGUUGCAUUCAUAUUGUCCUGUCUAUUUUGAUUCCUUACAUGCAGUGCUCAUUGAUGUUACUGUACAUACAUGUAUUCUCAAAUCUUCAUCAAAAUUUCCCAGAAAUUCAGGCACCAGUGAAGUGAAUGUUGGCCAAAGUUAUAACACAGUGAAGAAUAAUCAAGGCUUUGGUGCAAUCGCUUAUUUAGAUGUGAAAAAGAAAAUGUUUAUUAAAGCAUUAUUAACUGCUCGUGAUAUAUUACUUGAAGAACUUCAAAGACUUAGUAAAGCAAUUGAUCAAGCUAUUGAUAUUUCAGAAUUUCUGGAAAACAAAAUACAGAUUCUAAAGUAUUUAAGAGAAACAUGGUGUAAGGAUAGAAAAGUUGAAUGGUCAAUAUGGAUGGUGUACUCUAAGGUUGAGAUGCCCCAUCAUUAUAUAAAUAAUGGGAUUAAUUUAUCUUCAAAUCGUGGUAAACACAAAAGAGCUCUCACUUUAUGGAAGCUUAAUGACGAGCCUAUUCAAACCGCAGUAACACGUGCUGAGAUGCAUCGAAGGAGCAUUGCACAAAUGCGGAUUAACAACCGAUCAAUUCAAGACAUGCAUAUAUUUGGAGACCCUUUAAGAACACCAAUUGUGAUUGUUGAACAUGUCAUCACAAAUGAACAACGAAGAACUAUUAGUCAAGAUUCAUAUUUGAUACAUACCAAGCUUUUUACAGCCUCACACAGCUUCCAACGACUACCUAACAUUACCCACCAAUCGGAACACCAUUUUCAUGUCUUGAACAUUGUUGUCUUUGUGCAUGGCUUUCAGGGGCAUCAUUUAGACCUAAGACUUGUUAGAAAUCAAUGGGUUUUAAUUGAUCCUGAAGUGGAAUUUCUUAUGUCAGAAGCCAAUGAAGAUAGAACAACAUCUGAUGAUUUUAGAAUAAUGGGUCAAAGGCUGGCUAAAGAAGUUAUUUCUUUUGUGAAGAGAAAAAUGGAUAAAGCUUCAAACUCAGGAAUUUUGGGAGAUAUUCAGCUAAGUUUUGUUGGACACUCUAUGGGCAACCUCAUUAUAAGAUCUGCACUUGCAGAUAGUUUGAUGGAACCAUAUCUAAGAUACUUGUAUACGUAUAUGUCCAUAUCUGGUCCACAUUUGGGGUAUCUUUAUAGUUCCAACUCAUUAUUCAAUUCUGGAUUAUGGCUUUUUAAGAAGUUAAAAGGCACACAAUGCAUUCAUCAACUCACAUUCACAGAUGAUCCACAUUUUCAAAAUACAUUUCUUUAUAAACUCUCUAAGCAAAAGACCUUGGAAUACUUUAGGAAUAUUAUCUUAAUAUCUUCUCCACAGGAUGGUUAUAUUCCUUAUCAUUCGGCUAGAAUAGAAUCAUGCCCAGCAGCAUCACAUGACAAAUCAAAGAAAGGAAGAAUGUUCAUAGAAAUGUUAAAUGAUAUUUUGGAUCAAGUGAGAGUGAAUCACGAUGAACAUCGUCGAGUUUUGAUGCGUUGUGAUGUGAAUUUCGAUGUGACUUCAUAUGGCAAGAAUUUGAACUCAUUUGUUGGACGUGCUGCUCAUAUUGAAUUUUUGGAGUCUGAUAUUUAUGCAAAGUUCAUAAUGUGGUCUUUUCCAGAAUUAUUUAAAUAG